UUCCUAGGUCUGCUCAGUUUAUGUUGUCAGUGCACUAGGAAGGUAAGCAGCGAGGGAACUGCCAGACAAACGCUGUUGUGUAAACGUCAACUUUACUUCUCGGAUUUCAGCACAGCACGUUUAAUUAGAUCAAUUAACUCGACUUAACAAAAAAGAAGCGGACACCACGUUUUUUAUCGUGCAGGUGGAGAUUCUACAACUGCAGCAUGCAUCCGGAUCAGGCACAACAAGGAGUUUCAAGCAAAAGCGAGCUGUUCGGUUCUCUGAAGGUGUAUCUGAACAACAAGAACAGACUACAACCCAUCAUUGGCCUGGGCAGCAUCAUAGAAUGCGUGAAGGUGGGUGCACCUAACAGAGAAGUGCUGUACCUGUGUGCGGUGUGUGUGUGUCGACUUAGUAAAGCUGACAUGCGGAACCACAUUAUUGGAAGUCUCCACAGAUACAACUACAUUAAAGCCUACUACCCCCGCUUAGUGUCUGAAUGGAAGGAGAACUCUGACCUGUCUAAGCUGGCCUGGCCUCUGAUGGAGAUAGCCAAGACAAUCGAGGGAAAAGAGGGAGCUGGAGAUGUCCAGUUGUUUGAGGUUGAAGAUGCUGUAUACCAGAAGGUGGCAACACACAGUGAAAAUGAUGCAGUAACUUUGAUACAUUUCUUAAGAGACUGGCACGGUGAACCCAAGAGCCAUUCAGAGACUAUAUCUAUGCAGCUGGAGCACUAUUCCAUCCAAUCACAGAGGAUUGUGUUGCUUGCCCAGAACCAACAGAGGCGGUCCGGGAAAUAUCUCAAGGCAGACAUGAUAUCACAUAAGACCUCAGCAAAGACUAACAAGGCUCCACCUUUGAUGCAGUCUACUGUAGCUCCUCCUGUCAAGUCUGAAGGCGGGUUAAAAAACAUCCCAGCAUCACAAGUAUACAAUACUCAGAUGUCACCUGAACUCUCUGCUCUAUCAGAGAACAGCAACAACUUUCUUGAUGGCUACACAGGAACCAAGCCUUUUAUUGGUCUUUUCCGUGUGGUUGAGUGUAGGAGUGAAGAUGGCGGCACGCACGUUUUUUUAUGCCACUGCUGUCGCAUAAGAUCCAACAAAGAGGACAUCAUUGAUCACGUAACCAGCUCUUCCCAUCUCCUUAACUACUUGAUGGAAAAACAUCCUGAGCAGGUGGAUGCAGUGACAGCAAAUAUUAAUGACAACAGUCAGUUAAUCCAAUCACUGGCCAGGAAAGUGGAGCAAGAGGAGGGCAGAGGAGAACUGAAGGUGAUAAAUGUACCAGAGUCACUCUGUACCCCAAUGACUGGCAAAAGUUACCACUGGUGUAUAAAGAUGCUAUGUAAUGGAUGGACACAAACUAGCACCCAAAAAAGCAAAAUAACUGUCAAAGGGCCAAGCGUGAACAAUACAUCAGUUGAAGGCAUGCCAGAGAAACGUACUGUAGUGCUGUCAAAAUGGGCGAAAAGGAAGGCAAAAAAGAGGAAGAUGAAGAAGGUGGCAAAUACUGUGUUCAAGGUAAGCCUGCCUCUGACCAAAGGUACAGUGCUGCUGGCGAGGAUGUCUUUCAGUCAGGACAGCCUCCCUAUGUCAUAUUCGCAUUCAUCGGCCUCAGACCUCAUUCCACUGCCAGAGUCCCAGACAGAGGACUGUGAGUUGGACUAUGACAUUGGAUCAUUUGCACUUAACAAUGAACACAUCGCAAUGUGUACAAACUCACAACUUCAGCAACACCUCUAUAGUGGAGAUGCAGAGGCUGAUCAAUACAGGGGACCAGAGAGAAUCUUCACAGGCACUCGGUAUCAAGAGGUGGAUGGUUCCUUCAGUAUUAAUGAAGACUCCAGCCAGUCUGAAGACAUAACUUGGAAAAAUGACCAAAAGGUUUAUGGGGACAGGAAUUAUGACAGACAGCAUGGUUCUCAAGAAACAUCAAGUAUGAACUUCACUGAAGAGUUUAAAAAUGAAGGCCUACAGAAACAAAACGAGGAGUUGUUGCAUGCUGUGUCCCACAUUCAGGACUGGUCAUCUUAUAAUUCUUCCUACAGACCUGAGGAGGGUUACGCUGUGCAGUGGUACAAUUCUGCUUCACAGAAUACGGUUGGUACAAGAGUGGAAGUGCCAAGAGAAGAGAGACAGGAGAUGAGCUCAGGUUCUGCCCAAUGUUAUUACAAACAACAGCCCCAAAACCAGUACAUGGCAGCAGAUCAUACAAAUCUUCUGACAGUCGAUGUGGAGCAACAUGGUUUAUCUGGUGAAUCAUCUUGUUUAGAUGCCGCUAGGAUCAAAAUGCAUCCUCAGUUAGAUUUCCUUGCUCACAGUGGCAGCAGUGCACCUCAGCCUAGGGUACAGUUUCUUGAGACUGAACAGAGACAACUGCAAACAUACAUGGAGUUCACUGCCAACCAUGUCCAGACAACUCCACAAAGUUAUAUGACGCAACCUGUGGCCUAUCAAACCAUCUACAGAGGCCAUGGGGUAAUGCCUAACCCCAAUUAUAGUCAUGUACCUAUGGCAAAUCCUGACCAUCACUUUCCACAUCCAGGCAGCAGCAGCGGUGGUUGUGGUGGGGGUAUGUCCCAGUCGAAUGCUUUUAUCCCACCUGUGCAAGCUCUGUGUUAUGGAACCUACUCUGAUCCUAAUUUCAGAGACACAGGGUUGCCAGGUUUGAUGAUUUCAAGAAGUGUAGAUGGAACAACUCCAUUUAUGUGUGCAUAUCCCAAUUUUAAUUCAGCAUACAUUGCCACACCUUAUGGAGACCACAGUUCUACUCAAUGGAGUGGUGUCCCCAUUGAAUGAAAUCACACUUAGAUGGUCCAGCAUGAGAUUAUGUUCAUUUAAAACAAAUGUAUCUGGUUUCUGUCAGUAAUGAGUAUUAAUUAAUGAAGAUAUGUUUUGCCUGUAGUGAGAGAACUGUUAAAGCCUCUGAGAUCAGUAUUCAGCUUUGUCCCCUUUCACUUUCAGCAUUAUUUUGUAUGAGAUUUUUUUUUUCUUAAUGAAACUGACAGGAGAUUUUGCAUUAAUGGAAAUCUAAAAACAGACUGGACUUUGGACCAUCAACAUGAAAUAAGUCUAGAUUGUGACAUUUACUUUGACGUGUUUUAGGUGAAAUUGUAGCUGUUAUAUUAUCUGGUUACAUUAAAAACAAAACCUAGUGCUGUCUGAUUUAGAAUUAUAGAUAUUUAUAAUGAUAGCCUAUGUUAUUCUUAUGAGAAUUGUAAGUGACUCAAUAUCACAGGCAGAAUUGGAGAUAUUGAUAUCUAAAGUGAAAAAUGCUGAAAUUUAUUGAUAUAUUUCUAGGUUCACAUGCGUUCUAACCAAGUGAGGGUGAGAAACUUUCUUUAAUAUUGAGCAUCAAAGGCUGUAUAGCAGCUUGCUGUCAUAGUUUCAAAUCACAUUGACUAUGGUUUGUGGUUGUCACUAAAUGAAUUUAACUGCUACAUGUUCUGUUUCUUUUUGACUAUUGUGCCAAUGUGACUGCACAUAUGUAUAACCUGAGCCUGACUAACUCAGAGAAUUUGUCAUGAAAUGUCAGAUGUGCUGCUUAACCAGUUGUUACUGAAUAAAGCACUGCUGAGGUUA